CAAAUACACAACUACUGAAACUAAUCAUACAUAAACUAAGGAUACCAACUAUAUCGUCAGCUAACAUAAGUUCAGACUCUCAGAAUCAUCAUCAAAAAAAGACUGCUUAGCGUACAAAGUCAAACAUCCAACUCUUGAUAAACCAUGUCUGCUUCAGCCGAUCAACUACCGCUCGAUUCUCCUGAAUCAUCCAAAGCAUCUCCAGUAUCUUUACUUUCUCCACCUGUUUCCAGCGAGCCACCUACGCCUAUCAACUUUCGUAAAGCAUUUUAUGACUAUAAAGAAGAACGUGAAAUCCAAGACGCAGACGGGAAAUAUUGGGCUCAUCAUCCUUCCUUGCCUGAAGGCUCGCCGACAAAAAAGCCGGGUGUAAGUGCGUUGGGGAUUGCUGAGAUGUCCACCACUACCACUGCCCUGGUCAACUCCGAGAGCACUCGGCCCACUUCGUCUAAAGCCAAUAGCUCCGGCUCAAUCACUAAUCCUUCCAUAUCACGACCUAAUCUGAGCGGCAAGCUCCAACACUCCAAUUUCAAUUCUUCGAAUGGCAACGUAUCUUCGUCUAAAGAUGAUAUCUCAAUUGAUCCGGAUACAACAUCUCAAGAUGCUGACGCUUCAAAUGCCGAGCUAGCCUUUAGUCAAGACUUACGCUCACUUUAUGAGUCAUUUCAAAAUUGUCUAGAUCUUCGUGACAAGUAUAUCAUUCGAUCCAAACAGCGACUCGAGGACAACCCACAAUCCUAUGAUGGUAUCUACAAACCUGAAGGCGAUCAAGAAACUGCUUACCCACCUUGGAAGAUUUAUCCAAACCCUCCCAAGCCUCAUUGGCACUCACCCACACAUGUAAAACGAUCAGAUCGGUCAAAAGUCGAUGAAAAUUCACCAGAGUCUCUUAAACCGUUUGAAUUCGAUGCUUGCGAAAUUCCAGGACGAGAUUCGACGAGGGAUUAUACCUAUAAGCUAGAUACUCAGGGUGUCUACCAAGUUUAUGGAUCCGAUCAAAUUAAGCCACUCUACGAUAUUCCGACAAUCAAGGAAUAUUUUGUUGAUUUAGAUUAUGUAUUGAAUGUCAUAUCGAACGGACCGGCGAAGAGCUUUGCAUGGCGAAGACUCAAAUUCCUGGAAAGCAAGUGGAAUAUGUAUGUUCUCUUGAACGAGUAUCAGGAACUGGCAGACAUGAAACGGGUGCCUCAUAGGGAUUUUUACAACGUUCGGAAAGUUGAUACACACGUUCAUCACACAGCAAGUAUGAAUCAGAAACAUUUGUUACGGUUCAUCAAAUCCAAGAUGAAAAGAAGUUCAGAGGACGUUGUGAUAUUUAGAGAUGAACACUACCUCACACUGAGGGAAGUGUUUGAUUCUCUCAACUUGACGGCGUAUGAUCUAUCAAUUGAUACAUUAGACAUGCAUGCUCACAACGAUUCAUUUCAUCGAUUUGACAAAUUCAACUUGAAGUACAAUCCUAUUGGAGAGUCAAGACUACGAGAAAUCUUUUUGAAAACAGAUAACCUUAUCCAAGGACGGUACCUUGCAGAACUCACCAAAGAGGUCAUGACAGACUUAGAAACGGGUAAAUACCAGCAAGCUGAAUAUCGAUUGUCCAUAUAUGGCCGGUCGAAGGAUGAAUGGGAUAAGCUAGCAAAAUGGGUUGUGAAUAACAAAUUGUUCUCUAACAAUGUCCGCUGGUUGAUUCAAGUUCCGAGGCUCUACGACGUUUACAAACGAAAUGUGUUUGAACCUCUUUUCGAAGUGACCCAAGAUCCAGCUAGUCAUCCUGAACUAUAUGUCUUUUUGCAACGGGUGGUGGGGUUCGAUUGUGUCGAUGACGAAUCGAAGCCUGAAAAAAGGAUAUAUCGAAAGUACCCACUUCCGAAAGAUUGGCGUACUGAACAAAACCCACCGUACUCAUACUGGAUCUAUUACCUCUACGCUAAUAUGGCUUCACUCAAUAACUGGAGGGCCGCGCGUGGUUUCAAUACAUUUGUGUUGAGACCUCAUGCGGGAGAGGCUGGAGAUACGGAUCAUCUUACCUCCGCUUUCCUGACCUCUCACUCAAUAUCUCAUGGAAUUCUUCUACGGAAGGUCCCUGCACUACAAUAUAUGUUCUAUCUUAAGCAGAUUGGACUGGCGAUGAGCCCCCUCAGUAACAACGCACUCUUUCUCACCUAUGAGCGAAAUCCAUUACCGCUUUUUUUCCGCACAGGUCUCAAUGUCAGCUUGAGUACGGAUGAUCCACUGCAGUUUCAUUUCACAAAGGUUUGGGUCACUUUUGAACCAUUGCUUGAAGAAUACAGUGUUGCCGCUCAGAUUUAUCGAUUCUCGCCAGCAGACAUGUGCGAACUUGCACGAAACUCGGUGAUCCAAUCUGGGUUUGAAAUGAGUAUCAAAAAGCACUGGUUGGGACCAGAUUGGUAUAAGUCUGGUGUAGAGGGAAACGCGAUCCACAAGACCAAUGUGCCAAAUGGUAGAUUAGCCUUUAGACACUCAACUUUGAGCGAAGAGCAAAAGAUGGUGUGGCGAUAUGCUGGGCGGAAAGGUCCCUUACCCGGCCAUCACACCUUGGAACGGACAAUAAGUGAUGCAGAGUCGACAGCAAAAAUACUUACAGGUUUAUCUGAUCGAAUUCAGGAAAAACAAAGGACAGAUAUAAACAAUACGACAGUAGCGAUGGCAGCAAUGGCUUUAGAGGCAACUGACUUGGCUAAUGUGCAGCCUGGGGCAUCGUUAUUGGCAUCGGGUGAUCAUAGCAGAGACAGAAAACGGUCAAAGUCGGAAGUGGCUGACCCUGCUAAAUGAACCAGAGUGGAAAAAUCUGCGAGAUAUGAUAAAAAAUCUCAUCAUAAAUCCAUGGGAAAUCAAAAACUCGUGAUUCUUUGACUUUGAAUAUCCCCAGAUCCACACACGAUAACAAUAACAGAUCAUGUUGUACUAGUCGUGCUUAGCAGGCUAAGCUGGGUUGCAUGGGCUCAUGAUUAAUCAACACAUCCGAUGAGACCCGUUGGUUC